AUGAGUUUCGGAGCCCCCGGAGGUGGAUCGGUGAACUACAAGCCCUCGCCACCCGAGCGCGGUAGCUUCCCUCUCGACCACGAAGGAGAGUGCAAGCACAUUAUUGCGGGGUACUUGAAGUGCAUCAAGCUCAACAAAGGCACAAACGACGAGGCUUGUCGCAAAUUGGCCAAGGAAUACCUUUCCUGUCGAAUGGACAAGAACCUCAUGGCGCCAGAUAACUUCCAGAACCUCGGACUGGUGUUCAAAGACGACGAAGGAAACGAUAAAGCCCCAGCCAAUGUAGGCGCCGAUGCAUCGAAUCCCGCACAACCGAAAAGCUGA